AUGGGGCCCAGAGAUAGAGUUAACUCUCCCUCAAGUCUACAGAAGCUCCCAUCAGCAACCGACAAGAUCAUUACUGAGGAGAAGAAGCUGGAAACCAAGAUAUUCUCCCUUUAUCGCUUGGCCUGGCUUGGCAUCUAUCAAGUCCAUGACGAAGACGGUCCAGAUCACGCCACGAGAUUAGCUCAGCUCUUUGACGGCGCAGGAAUGUCUUCCUACGUCGACAAGUCCGAACAAGAGCUCAACGAUCACCACAGGGACACUCGAGGAAGAUAUACCGGGUCUGACAGCCGCGUCCUACUCCCUCUGUGGACAGCUCUGAAGAAGAAAGGGCUAAUGAGCCUAAAGUUGUUCGAGGGACUGUCUAUCACGUCGCUAGAAGCAGUGAUUGAACUGUUAGAGGCCUACGUGAAAGAGGUCACCAGUGUAAAUGCCUUGUACCACACACUUCGGGAGCUCCAGGUGGGAUAUCGGAGUCCAACGGAGGAUGACGAACAGGCUGUUCUGAAGCAGUUCGUCCCCGGUGCGAAUCAGUUUUCCAGACGGCUUCUGCAUCUAGAUGCAAGAUUAAAGGUUCUCGUUUCAGACAUGGAGGAUGAUUUUUGGAAUGAACAUGGGGCAGCCAAGGGGCGCGAGGGGUGGGUUGUGCACUACGCGCUUUUUCCAGGGUUAUCGACACGGCAUGGUAAGAAAAAGAGCCUUAUGUCUUCCAUGAAAGCUUGA